GUCUUCUCAUACAAAUUGUAUAAAAUCAAACAAAUUUAUCUCUGAGGUGGUACUUGGAAUUGUCCAUGGAUACCGAUGGCUGUAAAGUUUCUGGCAGUCAUGGCCAUGUUCUGGUGAUGACUUAUCCCUUACAAGGUCACGCAUCGCCCCUCAUCAAACUCUCACAUCGUAUAGCCGAGUAUGGGGUGAAAGUCUCAUUUGUGAGUACAGAGUUCUCGUCUGCAACUUUGUCCAAUGAAAUUCCAGAUUCUGGGGAAGGAAUGAUUCGUCUAGUCUCGGUUCCUGAUGGGCUCAAUCCUGAGGAUGAUAGGAAAGAUUUACAAAUAUUGUCUGAAAGUAUUAGGAAAGUUAUGCCUGCUCAUUUGGAGGACUUACUCAACAAGGCCAGUGACAAGGUCACUAGUGUUAUACUUGAUUCACCAUUAGGAUUUCUGCUGGAAAUUCCUAAGAAAAUGGGGAUCAAGAUUGCUGUUUAUCUCUGUUCUACACCAGGAUGCUUGGCUUUGGGGCUCAACAUAUCUAAGCUUAUUGAAGCAAAAGUCAUUGACGCUGAUGGAACUCCAUUAAAGAACGAGAAGAUUCAAGUUGUGCCAAAUUUACCAGACAUGAGCACUGCUGAAUUUACGUGGUACCAUCCACAUGGCGCGGAUGCACAAAAAAUAAUGUUUGCAUCAAUUAAAGAAAUUUUUGAAUGGAUGAUAACUUCGGACUGGAUUAUUUGCAACUGGUUCACUGACAUUGCCCCUUCAGCUUCAAUUUUGACUACCAAUAUUCUUCCUGUUGGUCCUUUACUUGCCAAUGGACAGUCUGCUGGUAGUCUUUAUUCAGAAGAUUCAAGUUGUCUAACCUGGCUUGACAAACAAGCUCCAAAAUCAGUUAUUUAUGUUGCCUUUGGCAGCACUUCAAGAUUCAGCCAACAACAGGUUGAAGAAUUGGCAUUAGGCCUCGAGUUUAUGAAUCGACCAUUCUUAUGGGUGGCUUGGUCAGGCCUGACAAAUGGUUCGUUUGCUCUGUACUCGAGUGAUUUCUCAGAGAGAGUGGCUAAUCGUGGGAAGAUUGUUGAGUGGGCACCUCAAGAAAUGGUGUUGGCUCACCCUUCAAUUGCUUGUUUUGUGACUCAUUGUGGUUGGAAUUCGACAAUGGAGAGUCUAAGCAUGGGAGUACCUUUUCUAUGUUGGCCUUAUUUUGGAGAUCAAUUGUAUACACAGACUUGUAUUUCUGAUGGUUGGAAAAUAGGCUUAUCGUUGAAUGCAGAUGAGAAAGGAAUUAUUUCCAGAUAUGAAAUUAAGCAAAAAGUGGAGGAUUUGUUAUCAGAUGACAGCAUAAGAGCAAACUCACUUAAGUUGAAGGAAAUGGCUAGAAACAGCAUCAGUAUAGGAGGAUCUUCAACCAAAAACUUGGAAUUCCUUGUAUCCCAAAUUAAGCAAUGAACAUAUAAGGCUUGAUUAGUAAUUUUAAUUAUGUACGUGGAUAAGUGAAGCAAAAUUGAUUAUUGGCAUGAUAUGACAUUUGCCCGAACCACGUAUAACUAAGGGGUGUCAACUGUCAACUGACACUCCUCCGCCAGAAAACUAUAUUUUAUGCAUAUAUAUUAUAUGUUGAAUCCCUUUGGCUU